GGGCCCCGCCGCCCGCGCCGGCGUCGCAUUCGCGGCUGCCUCGCGGGCCAUGCUGCGCUGCUGCUGCUGCCGACACGACACGUCAGUCCGGGUAGUUCUUUUUAAAAGGCGCCCCCCGGGUCCCAGCGUCGCCGUCACAGCUCCUGCUCUUGCACCUACUCGCCUCGCUCUAUCUCGGUCUCUCGCGCCGCACCCCCCCCCCCCCCGAGCGAUCGGCGAUGGCAGCAGCGGCGUGGCUGUGUGGGUUCGUCUCGCUCCUGGCGGUGGCCGCCGCGGUGGCGGAUGGGGAGUGGGAGCCGCUGAUACGGAUGCCGACGGAGGACGGGGGUGACGCUGCUGCUGCUGCUGCUCCGGCGGCGGAGGAUGAGGUGGGGACGAGGUGGGCCGUGCUCGUGGCGGGAUCCUCCGGCUACGGGAACUACCGGCACCAGGCCGAUGUAUGCCAUGCAUACCAGAUUCUGCGGAAGGGAGGAGUGGAGGAGGAGAACAUUGUGGUGUUCAUGUACGAUGAUAUUGCCCAUAACAUUCUGAACCCAAGGCCUGGGAUUAUCAUUAACCACCCUAAAGGUGAAAAUGUAUAUACUGGUGUUCCAAAGGACUAUACAGGUGAUCAGGUCACUACUGAAAAUUUCUUUGCUGUGCUCUUGGGCAAUAAAAGUGCAAUUACUGGAGGGAGUAAGAAGGUUAUAGACAGUAAACCAAAUGACCACAUAUUUAUCUAUUACUCAGAUCAUGGGGGUCCUGGAGUUCUUGGUAUGCCAAACUUGCCAUAUCUCUAUGCUGGUGACUUCAUCAACGUUUUAAAAAAGAAGCAUGCUUCCAAUAGCUACUCGAAAAUGGUUAUAUAUGUUGAAGCAUGCGAAAGUGGCAGUAUCUUUGAGGGAUUAAUGCCACAAGACCUAAAUAUUUAUGUCACAACUGCCGCAAAUCCAGUUGAAAAUAGUUGGGGAACAUACUGCCCUGGGAUGGACCCAUCACCCCCUCCUGAGUACAUUACCUGUUUAGGUGAUCUGUACAGUGUUUCUUGGAUGGAAGAUAGUCAAACCCACAAUCUAAUGAAGGAAACCAUCAAGGAUCAGUAUGAAGUGGUGAAAACAAGAACCUCUAACUCGAAUAAGUACAAAGAGGGUUCUCAUGUCAUGGAGUAUGGUGACAAGACCUUCAAGAAUGAGAAGCUUUUCCUUUAUCAAGGUUUUGAUCCUGCUAAUGCCAACAUUGCAAACACGCUGCUUUGGCCAGGCCCAAAGGGUGCAGUCAAUCAGAGAGAUGCUGAUCUUCUCUUCAUGUGGAAGAGGUACGAGCAGUUAAACGGGGGAUCUGAAGAGAAGCUGAUGGCUCUCAGAGAGAUUAAAGAAACUGUUCAACACAGGAAGCAUCUUGACAGCAGCAUCGAUUUCAUUGGGAGACUUAUCUUUGGAUUUGAGAAUGGGCCUAAAAUGCUUGAGGCCGUUAGAGCCUCUGGUGAACCAUUAGUUGAUGACUGGGAUUGUUUGAAGAGGAUGGUGAGGAUUUUCGAAUCCCAGUGCGGCUCGCUCACUCAGUACGGCAUGAAGUCAAUGAGAGCGUUUGCGAACAUUUGCAACAGCGGUAUAUCCGAGGCAAAGAUGAGGGAGUCGAGCAUCAGCGCUUGCGGCGGUUACAACCCGGCGAGGUGGAGCCCAUUGGCUCAGGGACACAGCGCCUGAUGAGAUGCAGCCUGUAGCAAAGGUCCCGAGGUCUACCCUGUGCGAACUCGCGUAAUCUGGGGGCUGUAAAGCGAAAACCGCUCAGGAUGUGCGUUGGUUAAUCAGCUGUAUAUAUCGUGUACCGUGCGUUCGUACCUGUGUGAACUGAUACCAUUCAAGUCUGAUCUGCAGCCAACUGCCGACAUGAUUAUGACCUGA